AUGACUAAGGAUACUACUCUAGAUGCUUAUGCACUAAAUUUUAUGCCCUUCUAUACAGAAUACCAGGGACCAACUAAAGAAUUCAAGGAUUAUAAAUUCGAAGAUACCAUUUACUUCCGUGGGAAGGAACUUCAAAGAGAGAAGCCUGCUACGACUUCUAAUAGCAAUAGUACUAAUGAUAGACUCAGCAAUGGCGCCAUACUCUCAGGAAACGCUAUAACUGACAGGGUGGUUUCAGUGAAUAAUUACGAAAGAGAGGGCACUAACCGCAACGAACUGGCGCGCUUGCAAGAAUUGAUGUCCCUCAUCGAUCUCAUCAACCAGUAA